CUGUGACAUCAAAAUGGCGGAACAGGAUACUGUCGACUUUCAACUGUACAGGUAUACGCCCAACCGCGCCGCAGCAGGGCUCUUCGUGGCCCUCUUCCUCCUCACCACAAUCUACCAUGUUUACCAGGUGUGGCGCCAACGGGCAUGGUACUUUACGGCAUUUGUAGUUGGAGGAAUAUUCCAGAUCAUCGGCUAUAUCUGCCGCAUCAUCGCCCACGAGGAUAAAGAAUCCAUUCCCAUCUACAGCAUACAGGCCAUCCUUAUCCUUCUUGCUCCGCCGCUCUAUGCCGCCUCUAUAUAUAUGGUCCUGGGACGUCUUAUCACCUUCCUACACGCUGAGAAGCUCAGUAUGGUUCCUACGCGGUGGAUGACCAAGAUCUUCGUGACAGGAGACGUGAUUGCAUUCGUCAUGCAAGCUGCGGGUUUGUCGUCUUUCCACCUUCUCACACCUUCCGAAAAACGAGAUACUGACAUUAUAUCGUCAGGCGGCGGCAUAAUGGCAACAGGCACGAUAGACAACUACAACCUCGGCGAAAACAUCACCAUCGGCGGCCUGGCCGUGCAACUCGCCUUCUUCAGCGUCUUCAUGAUAACCUGCGGGAUCUUCCACCGGCGCAUCCGACACAGCCCAACACACGAAGUGGCCGUUCUCUCAGCGCGUCUGCGCGAGCAGAAGAUGCGCGGGUGGGAAACUGUCCUUGCGGGACUGUAUGCUGCGAGUGUGUUGAUUCUCGUGCGGUCGAUCUUCCGCGUUGUCGAGUAUGUACAGGGCAAUGAUGGGUAUCUGAUUAGCCAUGAGGUGUUUAUGUAUGUGUUUGAUGCGUCCCUGAUGUUUUUGGCGAUGGUUGUUAUGAAUGUCUGUCAUCCGUCGACGAUCUUGGUGGGAUCACUGAAGGGGAGGCGUGUGGAGAUGGGGGUGUUGGGCUCUGAUGAGUAGGAUUAGGGCUGGGGCUGUUGGUAUGAGUUGCCUGUGUUUUGUUUUGUAUAUAGAGUUAUUUGAUAGUAACUGGGUUGCCACUGGGAAACACGAUCCUUCUACUCCCG